AUGGCCUCGGUCUUGGACCUCGCGCUCGACGCAGACACCUACAUCGCUCUCCUCUCCAAGUUUAUGGAUGUCGCCGAACACGUCCAGAACGCGCCGAGUCUGGGGCUGAUCCCGAAAGAAGACUUGAUCUCGGACAUCGUCCUUGAAGAAUUGAGCCCGUACCUCAAGCAGAACGGCGGUGUCAUCGAGGCCAAGCGCAUCGCCUUCCACGAAGGCCGCGGCCAUCUCAUCCUCCAGUACCCCGGCGCCACCAAGCCGGAGGAAACCAUCAACUUUGUGGGCAUGCACAUGGACGUUGUGCCCGCCAACCCGGAAGGCUGGGAGCGCGACCCGUUCAAGCUGAGCAUGAACGAGGACAUUUCGGCGCUCGAGGGCCGUGGCCCGCACUCCAAGUACACGCUCCCGAAGGAAGAGUUGGUCGGGAAGCUCGAGCUCACGCUCGGCGACCACUCGAUCGAAGGCAUUGCGUGCGCGCUCGACUCGAUCGGCUUCCAGUCGUUCAGCAAUGCGACCAAGGAGGUCAAGGGCGAGUCGACCCCGUUUGCGAUCAUGGGGUCGCUCCCGCUGGUCCGCGACCUCCAGCGCGCGGGCUUGGACCUGACGCUCGCGGGCUUUGGCAAGAGCUCCGUGUACCACGGUGACAACGAGUUUUGCUCGUUGGCCGAUAUGCAAGACGCGCUUCUGAUCCUCGGCCGCUUCAUCCACAACGUCGACAGCGCGUAAAUCCCUCCCGUGAACUGUCGUCAGCAUCUGAUACUUCAUUCUUCGUGCUUCUUUGUUGAGCUAUUGAGGAGUUCGGAGGAUCAGUCGGUCGCAUUCCCU